GGGACCUCUUCACUCCGCUGGCUGCCCCAGGGCCAGAACAUGCCGGUGACCGCGUCGCAGGGCCUCUUCCACCCACGCGCCGCCGCCCCACGCCGUGCGCGCCUCUGUGCAAAUGGCGUCUGGUCCUGCCUCCGCCGCGAAGCUCCAAACAAACACCGACGAGCCCACACCAACCGCCGCCACGCCGGCCGCCACCACGCACGACCCGAUGGAGCGCAGCAUAGCAGACUUCGCGGAAGUGCAGGCCUUCGAUGUCGCCGAUGCAGACCUGCCGCCGCUGCCGGAUCCCGACGACGACAGCUUCCUGCGCCCGGACUUGCACGACGACACCGCGCCGGGCGACGCCAGCGACUUUCUGGAUCGCCGCAUGAAGCGCCACCUGAUGGAUGUUGAGUCAAGCUUCAUACCGGACCUCUCUGCACCCCCCGGUGCGUCGCAGACGCGCAUUGGCGCCGACGACACCUAUCUAUUCGGAGGCUCGCCGGGAGCCGUGCGCCCUGCGCUUCACGCCACAGGCGACGCCCAAGAUGCGCUGCGAGCAGAAGACAGCGGAGAUGACUCGCAGAACACAGAGUCCUCGAUGCUGUCGGAGGAGGCGGCCACGCCAGCAGGUGCCUACAAGACUCCUGCAGCGCGCCGACGGCACGAGCAUGCUGCAGACGAUUCGCUGGGCCACGGCAAUUCCAUGUCUGAAGCUGCGCCAUCGUCACCGUCCGCAGACGCCGCGCAGCGACGAUCCAAGGGCCACGGGGACCGCAGUGACGCUCAGGCCGCGGCCGACGCCGAGCGCAAGGAACUGGACCCUUCCCAGCGUCCUGUCUCGAGCGCGUCCACUGUGAAGGCCCCGGAUUUCAGCAAAUUUGAGGAGACGAGCUCGCUCAGCGUUACGUCCGAACCCAGCGUGGACGGCAUGGCCGUCCCGCUGCCCCUGAUCACGACAACCUCGCCCCACGCUGGCAAGCGACCCAGCUUCUUACAGAACCGCCAAUCGAGCCAGCGGUCGUCUAUUUCCUCGUUUACGAACCGCUCCGACGCAUCUGGCGAUGGCGCAAGCACAGCCAGCCUCGGCGCAGACUACGCAUUACAAACCGGUGGCGCAGUUCCUCGUGUGAGCUUGCCGCACAGGAGUAGUAUGGGCUUGUCAAGACUGCCUAGCUUAGGCAGCAUCGCAUCUUCUGUGUCGGGCUAUAGCGAUUCGAAUCCAUAUGACAAGCACCGGAGCAUCAGUGCGAACUCGCUGAAUGCUCUACUGCAAUCUGAAGGUGGCCUUGGAAGGCUGGAUGAGGAAGUGGCUAGUACUACGACUCCACCGGAGACACCACGAACAUCUGGCGUAGGAGCGUCCACAAAUCUGACUGAUACCGUGGUCGCUAGGCACGUCCAGGAUAUACAAGUCCCUGACACAGUCGCACGAGAGUUCAGAGCCAAGCACUUACGGUCGCCCGACAAACGUAACUCAGCAACUCCGUUCACGAGAAGCAAACACAACCUUACUUUGAAAGAGCAGAACAGCAAGAUCGACAAGCUCAGCAAGGAGAACUUUGACCUUAAGCUAAAGAUCCACUUUCUUGAUCAGGCAUUGCAAAACCGGUCCGAUGAAGGAGUCAAGGAGAUGAUAUCUAAGAACGUUCAGCUCCAAACAGACCUCGCGACUGAGAAGAAGGAAUCGCAAACAUGGCGCAAGAAAGUACGAGAGCUGGAACGCAGACUCAAGUCCCAAGAGGAGGGACAAUCUGCAACCAAAGACAGCGGCAGUGGCUCUGAAGAUGAAAAGAGCGAGCACUCGUCACGACAGACCGAGUUGGAAGAGGAGAUUCACUUCCUUCGCGAGCGUUUAGAAUCCGCAGAGACAAUCACAGAGCAGUGGCAGCACGAAGCGCUUCAGAAGGAGGCAGAUAAUCGGCGCAUGGCAGAUUACAUCAAGACCAUGCGCGAAAAGAGCCCAUCCGGCGAGUCUGGCUUUGACGAGGCGGUCAAUAUCUGGAAAGAAGAUCUCCACGAGGAACGGGCUCGUCGUGAAGAGCUCGAAACUCGCUGCGCGCACGCAGAGUCCGAACGUGACCGGUUACGUGAGGAAUUACAGAGGACAAGAGAGCAAAAUCGUCAGAUCCUCCUACAUUCAAACAAUCAUAACAGUAAGCUUCACAACAGCUCGCGGCUUAUCCACCAAUCCUAUGCGGAUCGAUCGGACGCAGGUUCGGAUCAGCCUCGUCCUACGUCUGGUGGUAGCAGCACGUUGGUCGAUCAGUUCCACGCGAACUAUGAACGGCUACAGCGAGAUCUUCAUGCUCAGACCUCUAUGCUCACGUCUCGGAACCGAGAGAACUCGCGUUUGCGCGAAGAAAACGAGGGCCUUAGGCUCACACUUAGAAGAGGAGACGUUGGCUCUAUCGCCGGGGAUAGUAUCCUGGAACGGUCCAUCUCACGCAAUCACAUGAGAUCUGUUUCGCGCGCUAGUGGCGGCACACGGGUAACUCAAAUGAGCGAUUCUGAGCGCGAAGAUAUUGAGAGUAAAUUGGCGUCAGCACGAGAUGAACUUUCUCAGCUCAAACUUCUGAACAAAGAACUUGACGACCAACUCGUUGGACAUCUCGACAUGCUUGAGAACGCGGAGAAUAAGGUCAAAGAGUGCGAGACGGAGCUCGAGGCGCAAUCUGACGACAUCCAGGCGCUUGCUGCAGAGCGGAACGAAGCUUUGGAACUAUUACAGGACAAAGAACAGGAGUGCGAAGAGCUUAGAGCAGAAGCCCUUGACACUGUUCAGAGACUUGAAACAGAACUUGAGCAGAUGCAGCAAGAGCGUGACCGCUUUGCGACGGAUCUCGAGCAUUCGAUCGAAGACUUCAAUGCCUUGCAACAGGAGAUGAAGAACGUCAGCGAAAGCCUCGUUCAACUUGAAGACGACCAGAAUGCAAGCAUGCGCAAAAUUGAGAUGCUUGAAUCUGAGCUACGCGACGCGACCGAGGAGCUAGGCAGACAAGACAAGAUGCUCAAUGAUGAGAGGGCGAAGAACGAAAAACUGGACAUCCAACUGGAAAGCUGUCAAGGAGAGGUUGACUUCCUGCGAGAGGAACAAGAGGGCGAUAAGAUCAAGAUAGGGGAGCUGGAGUCCGAUCUCGAAAACGCACAUAUCAAUAUCCAGCACGAAAAAGAACGGAUACGGGAUCUUGACGAACGUUUCGCCGAAGAACGACAACAACGAGACGCUUUGGAGAGCCAUGGUAAACAAGAAGUGGAGAAGGUCAUGACUGAUCUCAACGCACAAUUGGCAAAACUCAAAGAAGAGAGCAGGAGGUUGCGAAAAGACCUGUCCAGUAAGGAGGUGGAAGCUAAUAAUUGGAGACGACAGCACGACGAGUUUGAAGGAAGUAUCCGCGAUGCCCUUGGUAACAGCAACGGCACCAAGCCUGGUCUGCUUAAAGACAUCACAAGGCUGCAGCGAGAUCUCGAUGCUACCAUUGAAGAGCUAAACUUCACGAGAAACGACCUUACUGAGAAGGAGCAAUUAUUGCGCAACCGUGAUACUCUCCUCGAAAGCACAGGACUGCAAGUUCGUCAAAGUACAGAAGCUCUCGAGCGUGAACGCCAAUUGAGGCGACAAGAGGCGGUCACAUUUGAGAAUGCCAAACGUGGCCAUCAAUCGGUGACUAGAACAAUACAGCAACACGAGAUGAGGGUCAUCGAACUUGAGUCUCUUCGUAAUCAGGAUCGUCAGAAACUACACAACCUCGAGAAACAGUACAAGGAGCAGUUGCUUGAGCGAAACAAUCUGCUCUACGCUCUUUGGAAUCGACUGUCGACCUUAUGUGGCGCCGAGUGGUGUCGAAGCCAUGCCCUUAUCAAUGGCGAAUUAACCUCUAUGGAACUCAUUUCCAGGAACAUCAGAGGCUUCAACAACAACAUGAUCCUUGCAGUCAAGACGGUGGAAGGCAUCAUCGGGGGUUUCAGGCAAAGGAUACGUAACACCGAGAAGGAUCUAGUUCGUGACUACCAGACCCUCGAGCACACACUUGAUGGGCGGGUCAAGCGUCUUGAGCAGCUUGAGAAAGCAGUACUGGCACAAAGACAAUCUAUUGGAAGACCAAGUACCGUGCGUGGUGGGAUGGUCGAAUUAAAUUCUGCGGAACUUGCCAAGCUGCGAAACGAAAACAAAACCCUUCGAACAGAGGUGCAGACUCUACGAGCGAUUGGCUCAAAUACGCAAACCGGCAAUGACAUAGUAGUCAGCAAAAACCCGUCACGCACUGGCUCCCCUACCUCGUCCAAGCGUGCAAGUAUGGCUCAUACCUUGCUCCGAGCGCAUUCCACAUCAGUGGUGGAGCACCUCCAGCAACAACAACAGCAAACUCAAAGCGGAAGUCGGUCCCCAGGCCACCCGUACCCUGAGGCGGGGCCACUGCAGCCAAGUGAGCAGAAGUGGAUACACCGACUGAAGGAGCUGGAGCGAAGGCUCAAAGCCGAACGCGAGGCCAGACUCCUGGAUCGCAGUGGAGCUCGCAAAAGACUGGAACAGAAGGUGGAGGAGAACGCGGAUCUCAGAGCAAUGCUCGAGAGGGAGCGUGACAGACUUGCUGCAGACGGGCUCAGUGUGCAGAGAAGCAUGAGUGUCGAUGGUUCUGUGCGUAGCAGAGACAGGAGUGAGAGAAACAGCGUGUUGAGUAGGCAGACUACUCUGGAUAGACAGCAAGAGAGGGAUGAGGACAUGUAUUAGUUUUGUACAAUUGGUUUGGUGUAUGGUAGCGUCUGCUUCUUUAUUACGGCAACAUGUUUUAGCGAUUGAGCCAUAGCCGGCUCCGCCCCGCCACAGCCACAGGCUACCGAUAUUUCUUGAAGAGUAGUUCUGGUCGUAGUAGUGAACGCCUGAAAAUCCGACGCCCUGGACCAAAUUGCGGCAUACGCUUCUAUGGUACGUUAUCGCAACGUAGUCACUCUCGAGCAAUCAAGACAUUCAUAAGC